CACGGACCAGUCCUUGUUAACCCGGCUCCCGACGUACCUCCAAAAAAAAAAAAAAAAAGCCCCACUUGGAUAAUUAAAACGACUCGCUUCUUCCUGCCUACAACCGUUGCCAACUCUGGAACAGCCGAGCUGGAAUAAGAAAAUACCCCGGAGGACCGGAGGGACCCUGCAGAUAGAUCUGUUCUUCUUUUGAGAUCGCAGCUACCUCUCAGCCAGGGAAGAAAAGAGAUUCCCUGCUGCAGAGGAGCGCACCAACGUAGCAGCGUUCACUUCUCUUCCAUCAAACAAUUUCAAGACCAGUUUUCUCUCAGAGCUGUCCUGAUUGGAAAACAUGGAGUGCUUGGAAAUGCUCGUGAAGUAAAGCAGCAAGGAGCACAGCUGUCUGGAGGGAGAUGUGCCAAAGGAGUCACAGCCAUCACUCUGCAAUUUAUACAGCCUCGAUAAGAAACAUGAAGAGCCAAGGAGGAGUUGCACUGUUUCCACAGAGAUUGGCAUCAGCAGUACAACUAGCAUUCCAGUUCUGUGCAGUUUUCUAUUCAGCAACCACAGAAUAGCAGAACUUGAGGAGAAGCGGUGUUCUCAAGCAUCUUACCUGUACAUGAUAUUUCAGUUAGACAGUAAUUUCUACAGAUAAAGAUCACCUUUAAGAGUGAACAUGGAUUUAAUCAACUCAACUGAACAGAACAGUACAUCAGAAGAACUAUUCAAAUGGGUGACAUCCAAGAUUCUCAUUUCCAUUACCCUGUCUGUGCUUGCAUUAAUGACAACAGCCAUCAAUUCUCUUGUGAUGACUGCAAUAAUUGUGACAAGAAAGCUCCACCAUCCCGCCAACUAUUUAAUCUGCUCUCUUGCAGUAACCGAUUUCCUUGUGGCAGUCCUAGUGAUGCCCUUCAGCAUUGUCUACAUUGUGAAGGAGACCUGGAUCAUGGGGCAAGUGGUGUGUGACGUUUGGCUGAGCGUGGACAUUACCUGCUGCACUUGUUCCAUCUUGCAUCUCUCUGCCAUUGCUUUGGAUCGGUACAGAGCAAUCACGGAUGCUGUGGAAUAUGCCAGAAAAAGGACACCUAAGCACGCUGGUAUCAUGAUUGCAGUGGUAUGGAUCAUAUCCAUUUUUAUUUCCAUGCCGCCUUUGUUUUGGCGGCACCAGACAACCAGCAGGGAUGACGAAUGCAUCAUCAAACAUGAUCACAUUGUUUUUACCAUUUACUCUACAUUUGGCGCCUUCUACAUCCCACUGGCAUUGAUUUUGAUCCUUUAUUACAAGAUAUACAAGGCAGCAAAGACAUUUCACAGGAGGAGCGUCAGUCGGAUUGUAAGGGAGGAGGUAAAUGGACAAGUCCUUUUGGAGGCAGGUGAAAGAAGCACCAAACUCACUUCAAUGCCCAGCACAGCAGAGAAGACAUCAGAUCCUCUGGUGGACUGUGAUAAAAUCAAUAUCACCCUACGAAGCCCCAGGUCAGAAUCUAAGCAAGAGAAGUCCUGGAAAAAACAGAGAAUCUCUAGCACAAGAGAGCGAAAGGCAGCAACUACUCUGGGUUUGAUUUUGGGGGCAUUUGUGAUCUGCUGGCUCCCUUUUUUUGUAAAAGAAGUAGUUGUUAAUACCUGUGAAAGAUGUCAUAUCUCAGAAGACAUGUCUAAUUUCCUAGCAUGGCUGGGAUAUAUCAAUUCCCUUAUUAACCCUCUAAUCUACACAAUCUUUAAUGAAGAUUUCAAGAAAGCCUUUCAGAAGCUUGUGCAGUGUAGGCAAUAUCUUUAAGAGCUUUUGUUCAUAUAAGGAGAACAUACUCAUUGGGUUUUUUUAACCUGCAUAAAUUUAUAUAACUGAGAUGACAUUUGUUGUGUUUAAGGAAAAGCACCAAGAUUCUACAUCUACAUUAUCACUCUCAACUUUUGUAUCAGUAGUAUUGGGAGCAUAAAUUGCCUAAGUUUUAAAGAAAUGGAUCAUCUGGGAUCAGUUUUGCUCUAGAAAAGGACAUGAUGUAUACUCUUUGUGGCCCUGAUCCAGCUGGGAUUUGCACAGCUGCCCGGCUUGAACCACACAGGUAUUACCUUAAACAUGAAGGUAACUUGCACAUUUGAAGUUAUGCAGAAGUGUAAGUCCUCACAGAAUCAGAGCCUGAGAAGUAAGAAGCUCAGAGCUCUUUAGACAGAACAAAGAAACAAAACACGAGCAAUCCUCAGUCACUACCAAGUAAAACCAUAUGCAUGCUUUGAUCCUUAUCACAAAUCAGAUAGAAAAAUACACCUUUGAACUAAGACUCCAUUUUAUUAGUUUGGCACAGGCUUGCACCACAGAGCCAAGCCAUCCCCUGCCAAGGGAAGGAGCUUUGAAGGAAUCUAGUAUCACCCGCUGUCGAUGAGCUGACAGCAGCCACGGCUCUGCCUUC